AACAAAUGAACUAUCGGUUUCCGUAUGCUCAAAACAUUGUAGGAUGCCACAUUCGCUAGCCAGUUUACAAUUAGUCCUAUCAAUGUUGAAACUACAAAAUAGACUUGCAUUUGGGUAGUAUUUUUGCACAACUAAUACUAUUAUCUUUGAUGGUUCAUGAUUUGUGAUGUAUUUUGAGUUCAGUAGAUAUCAGUAUAAGGGGAAGACGACACACAUGGCGGUGACACAAUUUCAGCCUGUGUAUGCGCGGCGAUGCUUUCCCUGUUGGGAUGAGCCUGCUUUUAAGGCGAAGUUCAAGAUAACAUUAGAAGUUUCAUCUGAGAUGGUAGCACUUUCCAACAUGCCUAUAUCUAGUGAGACAGUGGGUGGUUCUAUGAGGAUUAUCCAUUUUGAGGAAUCACCUCUCAUGUCAACUUAUUUAGUUGCCAUGGUUGUUGGUAUUUUUGACUUUGUUGAGGAUGUAGCAUCGAAAGGCACUAAAGUUUGUGUGUACACUGAAGUUGGUAAGAGUUCACAAGGGAAGUUUGCAUUGGAUGUUGGGGUGAAGUCAUUGGAUUUCUAUAAUGAUUACUUUGGCACUCCCUAUGCACUCGCUAAGUUGGAUAUGAUUAGUAUCCCGGAAUUUAAUUGGAUGGGAAUGGAGAAUUAUGGACUGAUCACUUUCCAUCCCACGGUCUUUCUUUUUGAUGGUCCUUCUACAACAUCCACAAAACUACAGGAAAUUGCAGUACUUGUGGCACAUGAAUUGGCUCAUCAAUGGUGUGGAAAUCUUGUAACCAUGGAAUGGUGGAAUCACUUAUGGUUAAACGAGGGAUUUGCUACAUGGAUGAGCUAUCAAGCAGUAGAUUCCUUUUUUCCGAAGUGGAAUAUUUUGCUGGAUUUUCUUGAGAACACAAUGUCUACUCUUAAAUUGGAUUCAAUAGCAGGGUCUCAUCCGAUAGAGGUUGAAAUACACCAUAUCAAUGAAAUCGAUAGGAUUUUUGACGACAUCAUAUAUAUUAAAGGUGCUUCUAUUCUUCAAAUGAUACAGAGCUACAUUGGAGCAGAGCAUUUUCAGAAAGCAUUGAAGAAAUAUAUACAAAAAUAUGCCUACUCAAAUGCUAAAACAGAGGACCUAUGGGUCGUGCUUGAAGAAGAAACUGGCGAGCCAUUCAAGGAUUUCAUGAGUACGUGGACAAAGCAACCAGGAUAUCCUAUAAUUAAUAUAAAACAUAAAGGGAAAGGAAUCCAAGUUGAACAGGCCCAAUUUGUGCUAGAUGGGUCCUCUCGAGCUGGCUUGUGGGAUGUGCCAAUAACUUUAAGAUGCUCUUCAUCAACAAAUAAAUUCAUUUUGAAACACAAGCAUGAUAAUUUUGAUGUAUGUGGUGAACGGGAGAGGGGUGGAAAUAUUUGGAUUAAGUUGAAUAUAAAUGAAACAGGGUUUUAUCGAGUGAAGUAUGACAAAGAAAUUAAAACUAGACUUCAAAACGCAUUAGAGGCCAAUGAGUUCUCUUCAAUGGAAAAAAUUGGAAUUUUGGAGAACUCACUUAUGCUUUCUAUAUCACGAGAAGACACACUAGCAUCAUUGCUAUGUAUAGUGUAUGCUUGUCGUGAAGUAGCUGACUACAGUGUUUUGACACAUACAAGCUGUAUGUACAUUCUAAUAACUAUAACCGUUUACCAUGUAUCUAUUGAUGCUACGCCUAACUUGGUUGCUGACAUCAAAAAGCUUGUCACUAAAAUUCUUCUGCCACCUACUUUAAAGUUGGGUUGGGAUCCCAAGGAUGGUGAGGGAGACCUAAUAGUAAGUUUGAGGGAAACUCUCUUGGUUUCCCUUGUCCAACUUGGACAUGAUCAUAUCAUAAGUGAAGGUCUUCGACGCUUUGACACCUUAAUCCAUGAUCACAACUCUUCUAUCCUUUCUCCUAGUACCAGAAAGGCUGCAUACCUAUCUGUGAUGCAAAAUGUUAGUAGUUCAAAUAGAUCCAAAUAUGAUUCUCUUCGACAACUCUACAAGGACUUGGGUGACGAGGAGGAAAAGUUACGUGUCUUAGGCACAUUAUCUUCUUGCCUGGAUAAGGAUAUUGUUCUUGAGUCACUGAAUUUAAUAUUCACUAAUGAGGUCCCAAAUUAUCAUGCAGUUUAUGUUCUUAAAGGUAUUGGAAUAGAUGCACGUGAAACGACAUGGAGUUGGUUGAAGGAAAAUUGGGACCGUGUCCUGAAGGUUGUUCCCAAAAGAGACCUACUAUGGAGUAUUGUGAACGACAUUCUUCCAUUGUUCACUACCAAUGAAAAGGCAGAAGAGAUUGCCAAGGUCUUCAGAAACUACACGGAUUCGGAACUUCAGAGUGCACUACAAGUAAAACUUCAGAUGGUGAGUAUCAACAUGAGAUGGAUCGACGGUAUCCAGAGUGAGCCCAACCUUGCACAGAUGGUGGAUGAACUGCUUCACAAGCCCUAAUGUGUUGUUUGCUUGUAGUGUUAUGAUUUAUGUGUUCAACAAUAGUGGCAAAGCUACAAGUUGCUUCUUGAAUGUACUAUUGUUGUCCGCAAUAACAUGUUUUUCUUAGUUAUUAUGCAUUGAAGA